CACAAACUUUGAGCCCAAUCAACCCACAUCCCCACCCAUAUACAAACCCUACACCCACACCAUCCCAACACACAAACCCUAGAAACCCUUUAACACUCACCGGAGCAAAAACCGCCGCCGCCGUGAAACACCAUGGGUCGCGUCCGCACCAAAACCGUGAAGAAAUCCUCCCGUCAGGUAAUCGAACGCUACUAUUCCAAAAUGACACUCGAUUUCCACACCAACAAGAAGAUUCUAGAAGAAGUAGCCAUCAUCCCGUCCAAAAGGCUCCGUAACAAGAUCGCAGGGUUCUCAACUCACCUUAUGAAGAGGAUCCAGAAAGGUCCGGUGAGAGGCAUCUCGCUGAAGCUGCAGGAGGAGGAGAGAGAGAGGCGUAUGGACUUUGUUCCGGAUGAAUCCGCCAUUAAAGUUGAUAGGAUUGAGGUUGAUAAGGAGACGAUUGAUUUGCUUGCUUCGUUGGGGAUGAGUGAGCUGCCGGGGAUUGUGUUGAAGGAGGAUGUGCCGGUGGUUUCCGGUGGGAUUCCUGGUGGUUAUGGUGGUGGUGGCCGUGGUGGAUUUGGUGGUGGUGCUGGAAGGAGGUACUGAUGGAAGAAUGUUAUGUUUUUUUUACAGUUUUAUGUUUUUGAUUUGAUAUUAUCUAUGCUUUGUCUGUUAGGGUUUUGCUGAACAUUGUUAUGGUUUUUAAUGUUUUAAGUUGGAUUCAAGUUCAACAUUAUAAGUUUAAUUUCUGUUUUGUGUUA